AUGCCACGACUAACCACCGCCGGGCACCUGGGCAUCCGGAAGACGCACAGGAGGAUCGCCCAGCGUUACUUCUGGCCUGGACUUCAUCGGGACGUGGUACGGUAUGCCACUAGCUGUCUGACCUGCCAACAGUACAAGGUUAUUCUGCGUAAACCAGCCGGCAAGAUGCUCACUCGGCAACAUACGGAGCCGUUCGCGCUUGUCGGAGCCGACUUCGUUGGAAACGUUCCCCAGACCCGGCGGGGAAACACCAUGCUCCUGGUUUUCAUUGAUAUAUUUUUCAAGUGGCCGAAGCUACCAGGAGUUUUGCCGGAACAACGGUAUUCAACUCAAGCGCGCCAACCGUACUAUCAGGAUCAUCGGACAUGGGACCAACUACUGCCCGAGAUCUCCCUCGCCAUAAAUACCAGCAUCUCAGAUAGCACGGGGUUUAUUCCGGCUUAUCUAGUACAAGGUCGGGAGCCUAGGUUGCCAGGUGCCCUCUUCGAUGCAGUCGCACCCGACUUGCAUGCCUCGCCAUUGGACCCAACGGAACAAGCCAAAAGGCUUCAAGAAGCGUUCCGCACCGCCCUGGAAACCAACCAGAUAGCUUCUCAGGAACAAAGGCAACACUACAACCUGAGACGACGCGAGUGGCGACCCCAAAUAAGUUCAGAGGUGCUAGUCCGUCUUCACCAUCUGUCCAAGGCCAGCGAGGGCUUUAACGCAAAACUUGCACCGAAGUACGCGGGUCCGUUUAAGGUGGUGAAAUUUCUAUCAUCGAAUGUCGUGCGGCUACAGCAGGUAGACGGCCGGAAGAGGGGUACAGCUGGCAUAGGCGAUCUGAAGGAAUAUCAUCGGCGCGAAGAACAACACGACGACUCUACAGAAGGCCCCAGAAGGAGCGAUUCUCACCCCACCCUUGAUGACGUACUCGAUACAACUCUAUCAGGGUGGUCAGACAACCACAUUCAACAGAUGGACAUGGAACCCGAUGAUCCCUAUCAAGUGGAGGGCGUGUACCGACCCGUUGACCACCGAGAAGGCUCCGUGACCGGCAGUAGUGGAGAGUCCCAAGGCCACGACUCGGUCUAG